AUGAAACUUACGACUUUCAAACAUCCGUUGCACUGCACAAUGCUGCUGCUAUUGUUGAUUUUGGCAGUACUGUGUUGCUGUUUUAGCUGUUUAAAAGCCACCGAGUCAGAGCUAGUCCGAAAAGUCCUGAAAGGCUAUGAGAUUCUUGAACGACCGGUACCGAAUGCUAUGUUACCAUUACGGGUAUCGAUGGGUAUCGUCUUGCAACAAAUUAUACAAGUGGAUGAAAAGAAUCAAAUAGUCGACGCUAACGUUUGGAUAAAAUUAUCUUGGUAUGACUACAAAAUUAAGUGGGAUCCGCGUAAUUACAGUGGCAUAAAAUUCCUACGAUUAAAGAAAGAUCGUGUCUGGACACCGGAUAUUUUGAUGUACAACAGCGCACAUCGUCAGUUUGAUGCUGUUUAUAUGACAGAUGUAGUUGCUGAUUACAAUGGACUUAUGAAAUGGAAACUGCCAGGCAUUUUUAAACUGACUUGUACGGUCAAUAUAGUUUGGUUUCCAUUUGAUGAGCAACAAUGUUUUAUGAAGUUUGGCUCGUGGACUUAUGAUGGUUCUAAGUUAAAUCUUACAGAAGCAGAAAAUAGCUUUGAUACAUCUAAUUAUAUGGAUAAUGGAGAAUGGAUACUAAAAAAUACCUCAGUAACUAGAGCGAUAAGGUAUUAUACGUGCUGUCCUGAGCCUUAUUACGAUAUGGAGUUUCAAUUUACGCUCAAAAGAAGAACAGAAGCGUAUGCUUUCAACCUGCUUAUUCCGUGCUCGUUGCUGACUAUGUUAACAUUGGUUGGAUUUAUUGUGCCCCCUGAAGCCGGAGAGAAAGUCUCCUAUCAGGUUUCACUGAUGCUUUCCAUUUGUAUCUUUCAAAACUAUGUUUCGGAAAUGUCACCACCUACCUCUGAAGCCUUGCCAUUUUUAGAUACGUAG